AUGCUUCAACAACAUGAGAUCAAGCAGGACAGACUCAAUUUUGCACUUGACAAACUGUGGGAGAUGGGUUAUAAAAGCGAAAUAGAUUAUCUCUCCCUGAUGGACUAUAAACCUCUUGUCAAGUGUCUGCGAGGAAAGCAGAGGCUCACCGAGCGCGGCUGGAACAAGAUAAGUCACAAGCUCAUCGCAAUCGUGCAAGACAUUCGGGAUGAGGAGAUUCAAUUGCAACGUAUGGAGAAGCUCCGCGAACGGCUUAAAAGCCUGAGAUCUCUCGUCGGAGGUCCAUGGUCUAAAUCCGCGUGGUCCUCAAAGGUCGACUACGAGCCGCGCUUCGAGGAUGUCGUCGUGAUAUUGGAGGUGCAACGCCUCAUCGAAGACCCGACGGAUAUGCAACCAGCGCAGCUUGAAAAGACACUCAGCGCGCUGCUGCCGGUGCUCAGCAAACGCUGGAGUGCGGACGUAAAGCAGCAACUGACAGACCUGCUCGAGCCCUUGGCGAAACCGACAGAAGAGACAAACAUCCUCGCGUCCGCGAUCGCGUUCUUCGCGUGCACCAAAUGCAAUGACCUGGUGCCCCACCAUCUUGUCCUCAGGCAUGACUGUCUACGCUCUGAAUGCCUAUAUCCCAACGAGCCCAGCGACGAAUACCGAUCUGCCGUUGACGAUGCAAUCUGUUGGGAUGCAGGCAAGGGGGCAUGGAGCAUCAGCCGGCUUGCAGCUCCACCUGCUCGUCUCCACACGAAGGUGGCCGCUAUCCUGGCACUCUCAGGCAGGGACCCAUUCCAGGUCACCUGGGAGGACAUGUCGCGCUUGGAUGUUUACGUUACCUACCCACGCCCAAACGGUCGGAUCAUUGUAAAAGUCUGGCAUGAGGCGAUAAAGUAUGAGUGGAAGCGCGAGAAGCGCGGGGAUGCGCCUUGCGUGUUCGACGGGAGGGUGGCUCCGAAAGCUGAACGAGCCAGGAAAAAGCACCUAGAUUGCAGCAAAACGAAGAAGUUCCAAGGGUCGUGCUGUCUACUUGGAUUGCAUGGACAGAAUAUGAGCCGAGCCGCCACCUUACGUCCGUCCUUCACACCUGAUCCUUACAACACGAAACAAUAA